ACUUCUUUGUUUGUUUUUUUCUUAGAACAUUGUUUGUUUCCGGUUUCCGUAGUUUUUUUAUCUCCACUCUUUUCCUCAUUUCAGUCGUUUAGCUCGCUAAUUUUUAAUGAGCAAAUAUAGUUUGUGUAUUAUAGUUUUCGUAUUAUAUAUACCAUAUGUGAUCCGAAGAAUAUGAGAUCUAAGCUACCAAAUUUAAGAAAAGCUGUAGUUAGUAUGAAGAGCAAAUGGCUAAUAUAAUCAGGUCUACCGGUCACAAAGUCAGGAAUAUUUUGACAUUUAGAAGAGAUAAUACUGACGACGAUAAUAAUAAUUAUAGCAUUAAAAAUAAUAAUAAUAAUGACUCAAUUCGGAGAGUCUCGCGAAUAAGACGUUCACUCCACUUUAAAGAUCCUACCUCUUAUGAAUCGAAGCGUAGUUCGGUGGCGAUCAGAGAUUCGAUUGAUCCUAAUCCUCAUUUAGAUAAUUUACAGUCUUAUAAACUGAAACAAACUAGAGUUAAAUCAUCGAUUCCAACAAUCAUUACAACUGAAGAUGCAAAUGUUCCAACUGUAAGUUCAUCACAUAUGCUUUCAAUGCGACGGUCAGUAUCGUAUCAACCAACGAAUAUUUACCAUAGUCAUAAUAUCAUUCAUUAUACUCAUAAUCAUAAUCAUAGUCAUAAUCAAAGUCAUGAUCGUCAUGUCGAAAACGGAUCUAUUCACAGUCAUGUUAAUGGUCAUGAUCACAAACAUAAUGGAUUGGCAAGUAGGUCGUCUUAUACUUUAGACAUGCCAUUGUUGAACGUAAGUACUAGUUUAACUAUGGGAAGUGCUCAGUCAUCACAGAACAGUACAAUUAGUAAAUAAAAUAAACAAAAUAUUCUUUUGUAUAGUUGCAAAUUUUAUCUGACGCGAAUUUCUAGGCUACCCUUAUUAAUUAUGAAAAUCACGUGAUUUUACUAAGUAUAAUCAAAAGUUAAAGAAUAUUCUAUUAGAAACUCCUAAAUAGCUAUACAUAAAGUAGUACAAACACCAAUACAUCCUCUCACACUUCGU